AUGGGGAGUACGGCGGCGGCGGAGAAGACCGAACAAGAAUUACGCAGCGAGAUCGAUGAACUUCUUCGCCAACAGCGCGAGAUAACUGAGAGGCUUCGAGAUCCUCGUGGCCUUCGCAAAGGCGCUCUACCAGCUCCUAUUCUACGCAACAAUGCUAUUCGCCAACGUUCCUUUCUUCGUCCUGGUGUAGAUAAUAAUGAUUCUGAAGAUCAACCUCCUGCCAAACGUCGACUUUCAUCAGCUAUUGUUAAGCUUGAGGAAGGGGAGUUGAUUGAAGAUGCUGAUGCUGGGAACACAAAGGAUUCAACUGGCAAAAGUGACAAUGGGAAUGCUGCCGCUGGUCAGAAUGAUAUGAACCAUUUUAAUUCUCACCAAAGUGGAUUUUCUAGAAGAGAUGGCUAUCAAAGAAAUUCUAAGGCUUUUGAGAUUCCUCCUUCAGAACAUGUUCCGAGGGUGUUGCCUAAGAAUGAGGACCCAAGCUUGGUUAAUAGGAAUAAAAGAAUGCUGGGUCAGCUUUUGGGAACUCUGGAGAAAUUCAGAAAAGAAGACAAGCAGCUCUCAGGAACUGAGGCAUAUAUGCGAAGAUCUAAUUCGUUGCAAAGAGCUGAGCAAAGAGCACGGGAGGAAAGUGAAAGGCUUAGGAAAGAAGAGCGCGAGCAGAUUGCUGAAAAACGGAGGAGGGAUUUGACACUUAGGGCACGUGUGGCUGCUAAGACAGAAGAAAAGAAAUUGGAGUUACUCUUUCUUCGGUGGAGUGAGCAUCAUAAACGACUAAGCAAUUUUAUAAGGACUAAAGCAGAGCCUCCAAUCUACUAUAUGCCUAACAUGCCCUUGGAUGAAGAUGCUGCAUCAGCUGAGAAACGCAUAGAAGAGGAUUUCCUUGAAUGGAAAAAUGCAAGAAGAGAGGAAUUGUCUGAGUAUCAAAAACAAAUUGGGGACCAGUAUCUUGCCAAUGUCGAGAAGGAUUUGGAGAGAUGGCAGAAUGCGAGGAAUGCAAGGAAAGUAAACAUUAAUGACCAGAAUUUACAAGAAACUAUGGACAAAGAAUUGGAUACUCAUAGGCUCGAGCAUGGUCCCAAGAAAAGAAAAAUUCCCGACGGAAGCAAUAAUGAAGAUGAAGAUGAUGAUGUGGAAGAUAUAAAUGCCGGAGAGGAUGAUAUGAUGGAGGAUGAAUUAGAUGAAACAAUUAAGAUGGAAACAGGCGACGCCAAUUCAGAUCCCGCUCCUGAUGCUGUUAAUGUAGACCUAAAGUGA